GCAUAUAUGAAAUAGUAUUUCUUUUGAAAUAUUAUUUUUAGGUGAAAGAUUUAUUGAUCCAUCGACCCAUCACCAGUUUAAAAGAAAAUCCGUAGUGCCUAUAAAAUGACUUCACAUAAUUUUUCUUCCACCUAACAUCCCAGCGUGCGUUUUUCCUAUAUUUAUUGUCUCUUGUGAUUUUUCUUCAUCUUCUUAUUCUGCUAGAGAGGGAGAGAGAGAGAGAGAGAAUUUUUCUUCCAUCCCUAUCACUUGUGAUUGUGGUUUGCAGGAACCCUUCACUCCUCAUCUCUCUUGGGUCUGUUGGUUUUCUCCAAUUAUGGCUUCUGCAUCUUCUUCUUCUUCCACUCAUCGAAAAAUUUAUGAUGUUUUCUUAAGCUUCAUAGAUGAAGAUUUUGGUGAUGGUGACGAUGAUGACGACUCCAGUAGAAACUUCAUUGACCAAAUCUAUGAAGCUUUGAUCCAAAGAGGUUGUAUCUUCACAGACGAAGACAAUAAGAGCAACUCGACCAUCAUGUCACCUCUGAAUUCCUAAAAACCAUUGAAGAAUCGAAGGUUUCGAUUGUUGUCUUCUCCAAGAACUACGGAUCUUCCAUAUGGUGUCUUGAUGAAGUGGUGAAGAUGUUGGAAUGCAAGCAUGAGAUGGGUCAGCCUGUUCUUCCCGUUUUCUAUAAGGUGGAUCCGUCUCAUUUUCGGAAACAAAAUGGGAUUUUGGAGGAAACCUUUGCCGGAUACGAAGAGCGAUUCAGAUCGGAGAUAGAGAAGGUGAAGCGGUGGAGGGAGGAUCUCACUGAAGCUGGGAACUUGUCCGGUUGGCAUAUUCAAGAUGUUGCAGAUGGGGGCGAGAUAAAGUUUAUCAAAGCAAUAGUUGAAGAGGUCUCAAUGAAAGCAAAAGAAAGACACAUGAGCAUUGACACUUAUCUAGUUGGGAUAGAUUCCCGAAUAGAAGCCAUAAAUUCUUUAUUAAGUCUUGGUUCUAAUGAUGUUCGUAUUAUUGGAAUCUAUGGUAUCGGUGGCGUGGGUAAGACAACUAUCACCAAGGCUGUCUACAACCAGAUCUUACAUGAAUUUGAAGGCAGUACUUUUCUUGGAAGUGUUAGAGAAAUUUCUGAACAUCGUAAUGGUUUGGUUCAUCUGCAAGAGCAACUUCUUACUGAUAUAUUAAUGAAACAAAAUAUACAUAUAAGCAAUGUUGAUAGAGGAAUCAAUGUAAUUAAACAAAGACUCUGCUUUCGAAAGGUUCUUCUCGUUCUAGAUGAUGUGGAUCAAUCAAACCAAAUAAAUGCAUUAGGUAGAGAACGUGAUUGGUUUGGCUUGGGAAGUAGAAUCAUCAUAACAACUAGAGAUCAACAUUUUCUGAAUGGGUUCAACGUGGAUGGAAUAUAUGAGGUUGAAAUACUGCAAUUUGAUUAAUCCAUCCAACUCUUCUAGCACUAUGCAUUUGAAAAGGUUCGUCCUAGAGGACCUCAAAAGGAGCUUUCAGAAAUAAUAGUGUCUUAUCUUGGUGGGAUUCCAUUAGCUCUUCAAGUGCUUGGUUCAUUUCUACACAAAAGAAGCAUAGACGAAUGGACAAGUGCAUUAGAGAAGUUGAAAAGAAUUCCAAAUGAUGAAAUUCUGGAAAAACUUAAAUUAAGCUUCGAUGCUCUUGACAGUACAGAGAAAGACAUAUUCCUUGAUAUUGCAUGCUUCUUUCUUGGAAUGGACAAAGAUAUUGCAAUUAAAACACUAGAUGGUUGUGGUUUCUUCCCAGAAAUAGGAAUUAGUGUUCUCACUCAUAGAUCACUUUUAAUAAUCGAAAAAAAUCAGCUUCGAAUGAAUGACAUACUCCAAGACAUGGGAAGGGAAAUUGUUCGCAAAGAGUCUCCGAAUGAGCCCGGAAAACGUAGCAGAUUGUGGCUUCAUGAAGACGCAUAUGAUGCACUGUCGAAAAAUGCAGUAAGAGCCUCAGGCUUGUUUAUUGUUUACAAUUUAAUAGAAAAUCUAAGCACAUAGAGUUGGUCUCUUUUUUCUUAGUAGUUUUAGAUCGAUGGUUUUUGUCCAAACAAGCAUGCACACUUAACAAGUUUCUAUUUACUCCACUUAAUCAAUUCGUGUUUCUCAA